UCGCAUCGCUUACGGGGUGGAGUUGUCCUUUAGAGGAACGUUCAAACGCCUUGGGUCUCUUUCCUUUUUUGUACUCUGGUGACACUGUUGCGAAACCACUUCGUUUUCGUCGUUUAUUAGAACGCCCCCCGUUGAGUUAGCAGCAAACAGUGUGAAAAAGAAUAGGAGGGAAUCAGAUUGCUUACAAAACAUUGUGCCACAUCGACCCUAUAAGUGUUAUAGAACAUCAGAAGAAGAGUAGGCUAAACAUAUAGUGCCAAGAACACAGCACUUUAUCAAACCUGCUGCUUCUAACAGUCCAAUCCUAUAAAUCGAAAUAUGGCGGAGAAAGGAAGAAGGACAUUGGAAGAAGGGGCACCGCUAAUUAAACAACCAAAGGAGACAACUUCAAUCGGCAGUAUUAUGUUUCAAUUUUAUUUGGUUUUAUUUGACAACACGUAUAGAGAGGAAAUAAGAGAACCAGUGCGUCAAGGGCAUGACUGCAAGCUUUUCUGCAUUUGCACUGGAAAGGAAAACAACGUUUCCAAAUAUUUGUACAUUUCCCACUUCCCAAAGAAAGAGAACAAGAGACCAAUUUAUAAGGGGUACUACAACUGCGAUGUUCCAGUUGCCAUCGUAAGGAUUGAUCCCAUUCAUAGCGGUACGACCAAAACAGAAAUUGAUCGAGAGCUUCUAAUAUUGAAAGAACUGGAGCUCCACGAAAAUUUUAUUCGCUAUUUUAUUCACGAAGAAAACGAGAACUUCGUGUUCAUUGCAACAGAACUGUGUCUCUGUUCAGUUGCAGAUCUUUUAGAUCCAGCUCUCGAGGGGAAAAUCCCGAUGGCAGACAAAAUUCGGGAGGAGCUACGAGCGAAAGAAAUCUUGCGCCAGGCAACGAAUGGACUCAAUUACUUACACCAAAACAACUUCGUCCAUCGCAACAUCAAGCCCAAUAACUUUCUCAUUAAGGAAAUUAAUAAAACAGGCAACAGCACUUGCCGAUUUGCGGUUAAAAUAACUGAUUUUCGCUUGACCAGAAAGCUUGAUCUUCAUAAGUCCUCGCAAUCAUCGGGAUCUGCUGCAUCAGAAGGAUGGGAGGCACCGGAAAGCCGAAAGAAGGAAGAAGAUCUCAACCCAAAAAUGGAUGUUUUUAUUCUCGGUUGUUUCUAUCAUUAUGUCUUGAUUGCUCUGUCGAAGAAUGAAGUCAACAAGAGAAAGCCCAGACAUCCAUUCGGAGACGAUGAAUUUCUGCGUCCGAGAUACAUUACCCAAGAAAAUUAUUCCGUCUAUAAAGGACAACUUCCAUUCGUUCCCAGUGAUACGGAAGAGGAAAGGGUGGUAGAGCUUAUGAAGAAGAUGUUGGAGUUCAAAGAGAAGGACCGUCCAACAUUACAAGAAAUUCUUGAAAAUUCUUAUUUCAAGCCUUGCGAAGAUUACAAGAUCUAUGACAAUGAAGAUAAAACUAAGAAACCUGGUCUUUGUGUUAUUUUCAACCAAAAAAUAUUUAAAGAUUCAAACCAGAAUCGUGAAGGGAGUGACCAGGACCGAGAUGCGUUAAAUGUCACGUUUAACGGACUGGGUUUCGACACCAAAGUUCAUGAAAAUUUGGCAUCGUUUGACGUGAAAAACGAAAUCGAAAAUCUGGCCAAAGGAGAUUUCAAUGAUUAUGGUUGCCUAAUUGUAUGUUUUUUGUCUCAUGGAAUUGAGAACGCAAUCCUAUGCUACGAUGGUAGACACGUUAACACAAAUGAACUAAAGUACAAGUUCUCGUUGGGAAAUUGCCCCUCCCUCUAUGGCAAACCCAAAAUCUUCAUCAUUCAGGCUUGUCAGGGAUACCUAGAACAGAGCCAAACGGGAAUUCUUUCUGGAAAACAAAGAAGGCGCCGGUCUCUUCCUAAUUUACAGGACUUGCAUUUAAUCGAUCAACAGGAAUCAUCAGGUUCCACAGUUCAAUUGACAAACAAGGAUACGAAACACACCUAUGAAAUAGAAGAGUUAAAAAAACUGAAAAUUUGGGAUUACGCCAAAAAAAAUCCUCCGCUUAUGGAUUUCCUAACAAUCAAUGCAACUCUACCUGGUUUCGUAUCCUACCGCCAUAUUUAUUAUGGUACUUUUUUUGUUCAAGCUCUCUGUAAAACUUUGGAUGAAGAAUAUUCGGGAAAGAAACCGGUGGACGGUACAAAUCAUAUGGAUCUGGAAGGCGUACUUAGACGUGUCCAGUUGAACAUCAACAGAAUUUACCCAAGGCAAACUUUGCUUUGGGAAGCAUGUCUAAGUAAAUACAUUCGAUUUCGCGGAGUUGAGACCAAAGACAUUGACCUUACAUCGAGUAACUGGAAGGGCGAUUCCGUUUCAUCCUAAAGCCAUUUUUUUGCCAUUUGUUUUGAUUUACUUGUUUUAAACUGAAAUAAAUCAAAACAAAUUACUGAUUUAUUUCUUUUUAUCUGAAAGCAGGACCAAUGUAUUUUUAAUGUGUCACUGUUUCUAUGGAUUACAGAUACUCCAUGAUUGGAAAAUUGAAAGUGUACAGAAACGUUUUGAUGAUUCAGAGUGUAGCUCAGUUUACAAGAAAUUCUAGCGUAGUAUGUCAUCUUUCAAUUUAACAAUAAAUUUAAUUCCACGUGAA